AUGGCGUCGGCGGUGCUGGCGCUGACGACGCGGGCCGCUGCUGCAGCCCUGCUGAGGCCUCCUCCGGUGGCAGCUCUUGCCGUCAGAUACGCAUCCAAGAAGACGGGUGGCAGCUCCAAAAACCUCGGUGGAAAGUCACGAGGCAAAAGCUAUGGCAUCAAGAAAUUGGAGGGUCACUAUGUUCAUGCCGGCAACAUCCUUGGGACUCAACGCCAAUUUCGCUGGCACCCAGGCGCCCACGUGGGGCUGGGGAAGAGGAAGUGUCUGUAUGCCCUGGAGGAGGGGAUCGUCCGCUACACGAAGGACGUCUAUGUGCCCCACCCCAAGAACGCAGAGGCUGUGGAUCUGGUCUCCAGGCUGCCCAAGGGCGCUGUGCUCUAUAAGACUUUUGUCCACGUGGUUCCUGCCAAGCCUGAGGGCACCUUCAAACUGGUGGCUAUGCUUUGA